CUAGCUUGUCUGCUACAGAAAUAAACCUCCUUGGCACAGACAGAGGGAAGGGGAUCGACAAUCACCAGACAGCGGGCUUCUCCAGGCGUGUGGACCUUCUAUCAUAUUUGAUCAUUUUAACUUUUGCAGCACAACAUUAAAAAACAACGAGAGGACAGUUUUGAUUGAGUUUUUACGCGUUUCUCUCAUAGCUUUUAGCAGGUGCUAGCGCAGUAGUGUAAUAGUCGCUAGGUUACAGUGUCAUUAAGUUCACGAGAUUAUUAAACAGACAGCUUUCGAGACGUGUCCGCUUUUUCUCGGCUCUUAUCAAUCAUUUUAUAAGGUUUAUAGCGACAGUGUACCUUUUAGUUAUCUAUUGAAACAGCGCUGCCGAGAAGAGGAGGAUGGAUUUUCUGGCUGGUUGCAUUGGAGGCGCUGCUGGAGUCCUGGUUGGGCAUCCUUUCGACACAGUGAAGGUGCGUCUGCAGGUGCAGAGUGUGGACAGACCUCUGUAUCGAGGGACCUUCCACUGCUUCCAGUCCAUCAUCCACCAGGAGUCAGUCUUUGGCCUGUACAAAGGCAUUGGAUCUCCCAUGAUGGGCCUCACGUUCAUCAACGCCAUUGUGUUUGGCGUCCAGGGCAACGCCAUGCGGCUGCUGGGGCAGGACACGCCCACUAACCAGUUCUUGGCUGGAGCUGCUGCGGGUGCCAUACAGUGCGUGAUCUGCUGCCCCAUGGAGCUGGCCAAGACGCGCAUGCAGAUGCAGGGCACUGGGAUGAAGAAGUCCUCCACAAAGAAGCUGUACAAGAACUCCCUGGACUGUCUGACCAGGAUCUACCAGCGCGAGGGCCUGAGAGGUGUGAACCGUGGCAUGGUGACCACUAUGCUCCGUGAGACGCCCGGGUUUGGUGUGUACUUCUGGGCCUACGACGUGCUGACGCGGGGGUUAGGCUGUGAGCCCGAGGACCCCUACAUGAUCCCAAAGCUGCUGUUCGCAGGAGGCAUGGCGGGCAUCGCCUCCUGGCUCUCCACUUACCCGGUGGACGUGAUCAAGUCGCGGCUGCAGGCAGACGGCGUUGGCGGGGUGAACCGCUACAGCAGCAUCGCAGACUGUGUGCGUCAGAGCGUGCAGAGGGAGGGCUACAUGGUGUUCACACGAGGACUCACCUCCACGCUGCUCAGAGCAUUCCCUGUCAACGCCGCCACCUUCGCCACGGUAACGCUGGUGCUGAUGUACGCGCGCGGAGGGGACGAGUGUCCCAAAGACUGUGAGACUGGUCCCCUCACACAGGCCCCUCCUGUGCAAGCUCCUUCCACUCAGAUCCAGCCCAGCAGCCUGUGAUGGACACGCCCCCUUCCACUCUGCACUUUACUGAGGACCUGAGGCAUUCCCACUCCAGUGUUUAUACUAUGAAUACAAAACUAUUUAUUCAACAUCAUGUUUUUAUGUCUCUGCAGUACCUCAUUAUGAUCAACAGGGGGCAGGCACUUCUGGGGGAGUUUAAAGUUUGAGGCUAAACGGCUAUGUAACUCCAUACUAUAAAACAUACUGUUAUUUUUUAUACUCAUCUGAAACUUAUAUUUUAAUAACUGUGCAAUGGUCAUUGGCCCACAGCUGCUCAGCCUCUGUGGUUUAAGAGAAUGGGAUUUUUACUUCCAGAAGCACAGGCCCUGUCCACUGUUGACCUCCAACUGAUAUAGUUUUAACCUCAGAUUUUGUUACAUUCUUUUCAAACACACCUGAACACGGUGGGAAUGCACUGUAUGUACUGUAAAAGUGUUUUGAAUGCAGUUUUUGACUGCGUGUGUAAAUAUGACAGUUCUUUUACCAUGUACAGCUGUGGAGACGUUUUCUGCCUUAUAAGAUAAAAGACUUUGACAUAAAGACGCUGAGCUAUGAGCCAGGAGAGUGGAAUGUAGCACGUCAAACCUCCCCAAAGUAAAACUGGGUUGUUUCGGCACCAUUUUGUUAAAUACAAGAGCUUACAGAGGCAGCCAAUAGCAAGUACUGUAUCAACAACAGAGAAGCCCGAGUAAAAUAUUAAGUAAAAUUUAUUUUAGCUGCAAUUUUUAUAGUACCAGAAAUUUUAUAUCUUUCCCAAAUCUUUCAGCGCUAGUUAGUGGUAGCAUUUGCAAUCCCAUGUAUAAAUUUAAUUAUAGCAAUACAUAAAAUUGUGUGGCAUCUUUUCAAAUCCCAAAAAGUGUUGGUGUCAGAACAGCCCAAGUUUAACCCAAAGCACAGUUUCUGAUGGUGUGAUCGAGCCCCACAUUACAGAACAUAUGUGAUCAUUUAACCCUAUUUAUAUGUAUAUUGUGUAACUUUUCUGGUGGAGGGAUAAGUUAUUGCUUUGUCUGGAAUGUUUCACAGUAUGGCAUUAAAUCUUUCUAUCUUCAUUGAGACCAAACCAGAAAAAGUUACAGGUCAACUCUGUGGAGACGCAAGAGUCAGAAUGCCUUUUUUUUGUUUUUCUAGAUAGUUUUGAGCUAUAAAACCACCUGAAAUUUUAUACAUGUUAGGUAGAGCUGUUUAAUGCCAUACUGUGGAACAUUCCAGACAGAGCAAUGACAUCCAUAAACAAUCAAAAAGUUGCAUAGUGCACCUUUAAGACUGUGCAAUCAUUAGACGUGUCCUGUUUUAUCUGUUUUUAUUUAAAUAUCAGGCUUUGAAUGUUGUGGUCCUUCAAUAUAGCCCCCAAUCUGUAUUUAUUUUGGAAUACGUUUGCUUAUUUAACUCUGAUUUUAAGUGUAAGUUUGUUUUGGGGUCCGGUUCUUAAUAUUAUGCCCGUUACUCUAAAAAAAACAUCAGAACAUGGCGACCUAACUCUUAAAAUACACUAUACCCUGUUUCAUUCUGACCCACAUUGUUCAGCCCUGGUUUCUCACAUCAUUUCAUUGGAUCUUUGCUUGAUUUUAAAUUAUUUUCAUGCUGUUUUGUCAUUGCAGCAAAGAUCGUGUGCUCCUGCAUGUGAGUGGUCCAUAUAUUAUUUAACAAACACAAGAAUCCUCUACCUGUUUUUCCUGUUGUGUGUAAAGAUGUCUGUAGGCCCUGUCCUGGAGCUGAGUUUGAGGAUGUCGUGGCUGAAAAGGAGGAGGCACUGAAAAGUUGAAUGUACGGAACGUUGCCCAAAGACAGGAACAGAGGACCUGAAGAACUGAAUGAAAACGGUUAAACUUGAACUUCAGGCUGCACUACAAAAAUACACGUCUACAUGAGGUAAAAUUAGUUGAAUUCAGAGUGUUAAAUCGGGCCUGGGUAUUUUAAAGGCGCUGUACCUGAUUUUUACUGUUUUAAUAAUGUGAAAAACAGAACUAGUUCAUUUUAAACGGUUGCAGUGGUCCAAAGUUAUUCUGAGUAUCCUAAUUAUCCACUCUAAUGAGUUUAUAAGCACUUUUCACAACUCACAACUCGGUAAUGUGGUAACAACAACUAGCAUGCUAACAGCACACUCCCCUUUUUCUAGCCAAAAAAUGCUUAUUAUUAUUAUUUUCGGACUAUAAGUCUGGAGUAUAAGUCUCACCAGCCAAAAAUGCACAAUGAAGAAGAAAACAUAUAUAAGUCGCACCGGACAAUAAGUCGCACUUUUUGGGAGAAAUUUAUUUUAUAAAAUCAGAGACCAGAAACGGACAUCUCAUCUUGAAAGACAAAUUAUAGUAAUAACAAUAGAAGAGAGAACAACAGACUGUUAACGUCACAUAUGAACAGUUCUUCAGAUAAAUAUAACAUAAACAACAGAACAAGUUUACCAAACUCUCCAUCUCACUCCAAAUCACUAAAUCCAUUGAAUUCUUCAUCGUUGGUGUCACUUCUAAGCAACUCGGUGACCUCCGGAGGUAAAUCGAGCUCCUCUUCCUCUUCUGUGUAGCUGUUAUCAGACUCUGCAUCAGUUCCAGUUAGAAUUAUUCCGGCCUUUCUGAAGCCCGACAGGAUGGUUUCGGUUGUCAUUGAAGUCCAUACUUUGUCGAUCCAUCCAAUGACUUCCAGGAAAGUUGCAUGGUGCACCCUCCCUGUUACCGUGAAGCUGUGUUCUCCAUCCUCACUUUCUGCCAGUCCCUCACAAGUUUCUCGCUCACUCCAAACUUUCUUUCUGCUGUGCGAUUACUGUUUUCAGCUGCAUAUUUCACUACUUGCUGCGGGACAGCGGCUCUUUCUGCAGGAGACAUGCGUAGUAGAGCGAAGUGACAGUGGUACAUUAUCCAAACCAUGGAAAAAAGUGCGACUUAUAGUCUGAAAAAUACGGUACGUGCAGACCGUACACAGCGGACUUAUUUUGACCUCAAGAGCUGCUGAAACAAUUUUAAUACUUUCCAUCAUACUGUGGGUGUUCUACAUGUAUUUCUAUGGUAGAAUGUUCAAACCUUGGAGACACAAUGCAUAGAUUAGCAAAGAUUUCAAAUAAGUUAGACCUGAAAACUUAAGAAAAAAUACCUCUUCUAGUUCCAACUAAGUCAGUUGUUUCUGGUCAUUACAUUCAAAUAAAGCUCAGAUUAAACAGAGCUUCAAACAGAGCAGAGCCUCUAGUUAGCAUCACACCCUCAGGUAACAUCGAUGACAUCAACUACAAGUCCUAAUAUCUGUACUGGGGUAUUUUGCUGAAAUACAUUGGGGUAAAAAUUGGGUACAGGGCUUUUAAACUCAAAUUUAAAGCUCAAUCCUAUUUUUUUCUAACAUGAAUUCAAGUUAUUUUACCUCAUUUUGUUUUUGCAGUGCAUUGUAUGAGAUAGUUGAAUGCAUUUCUGUUAAUAAUGAAACCAGCUGAGGUUAUGGUGCAAUAAUGGCCCAUGGAGAAUGUGAACUGUUUCUAAUGUAAAUACAUACAAACAUAUAGCCUCUAUUUUGAAGUCUGUGCUAGCUGCUGUCUGCUGCUGUCUGCGUUACUAUGGACUCAUUUAAACUGUGAAACGAGAUAUUUUUGUAACAUAGAUCUGGAUUUAAAAUAACGCCUGUCUGUUUAGUUUUCUAGAAUUCUGAGUCAAAAAUAAAACAUUGUAACUUUAA